AAUUCAAAUUAAAAAGUGAUAUAAUUUUAUUGUAUUUUUUAAAAUUAUAUUUAAGUGACAAAAUGUUACGUGUAUUGAGACAAUAAAUCUGACAGCUGAUUCAAGAUGGCCGCCGGCUCGCUUCUCCUACUUGCUUUCUGCACACGGUAUGCGAUGUGCGACGAUUACUUCAAGAUGGGGGUGAAUACAAAUUCAGCAGAAGCGACGCAGUUCCUCAGAGAAUAUGAUCGAGAAGCUUCUGGAAUGUGCUACAGGGUUACUAUGUCACAGUGGAAAUUCGUUACAAACAUCACAGAAUACAAUCGACGUCGAAUGCUGGAAGAACUGGCUUUGAGCUCCAAAUUUGAGAAGUUAUCAUGGAGGAAGGCAGCUGCAUAUGACGCAUCCAGAUUAUCAGACCCCCAGGGUAGAAGACAACUCUCCAAGAUCCUACAAGCCAGCCGAGCCAGUUUAUCUGACGAAAAGUUUACUGAGAUCCAUCAACUAAUAAAUGAAAUGAAGGAGUUGUACAACUCGGCGAAGAUUUGUCCAUUCGGACAAAAGCCAUACGACCCUCACGUCCCAAAAGUAUCGUAUCCCACAGACUUUCCUGAAACGAAUCGUGGCUACCAACCUUACCAGCUCACAAAUCAGCCAUACCAACAUUACCAACCUUAUCAGGAAAACCCCGAGUAUCCAAACUACUGUGACAUGCAAUUGGAUCCAGAAAUUUCUAGAAUUCUCGCACAUUCCAGAAUCGAAAGUGAAUUGCUGUACGUGUGGACGAGUUUCAGGGAAAAAACUGGUCCAAAGUUGAAGAAUCGUUUUAUGAGAUACGUCCAAUUGGCUAACGAAGCAGCUAUUAAUACUGGUUACAGAGAUGCUGGUGAUCAGAUGAGGUCUGCGUAUGAAGAUCCUUCGUUCAGGGCGAGUGUUGAGGAAAUAUUCAACCAAAUUGCACCGCUAUAUAAGCAAUUAUUUACUUAUGUACGUCGGAAGCUGGUACUGAGAUAUGGCGAAACCAGCAUUAGACCUGAUGGACCGAUACCUGCGCAUCUACUAGGUAACAUGUGGGCACAGAACUGGAAGUCAAUUAUGGAUCUUGUGAUGCCAUUUCCUCAAGCGCCAAACAUCGACGUCACUUCUGAAAUGCUGAGGCAAGGUUUCACACCACUAAGAAUGUUCCAAAUGGCAGAGGAGUUCUACACGUCGAUGGGCUUGAAACCGGUGCCGCCUGAGUUCUGGCGAGGAUCGAUGCUUGUGAGACCUCCGCAGCGUAGUGUACAGUGUACUGCUAGCGCCUGGGACUUCUGUAACAGGAUCGACUACAGGAUCAAACAAUGCACAGAGGUAACGAUGCAAGAUCUGAUCUCUACCCACCACGAAAUGGCCCACAUCCAAUACUAUUUGCAGUACGCUGAACAACCUCAGCUAUUCAGAGAUGGAGCUAACCCUGCCUUUCAUGAAGCAGUAGCGAACGCCGCGACUCUGUCUGUGUACAACCUGCCACAUCUUCAAAGAGUUGGGCUUUAUCAAAACAAAUCCCAUGACCCUUACGAAGUCAGCAUGAACUUCCUUAUGUCGAUGGCGUUGGAGAAAGUAGCGUACUUACCAUUUGCACUUAUGGUUGAUCAGUGGCGCUGGUCAGUAUUUGAAGAUGGAGUUCAGAACAUGAACGCAAAAUGGUGGCAAAUGAAAUUGAGAUAUCAGGGAGUUACCCCACCAAUAGCGAGGACGGAAGCUGACUUCGACCCUGGAUCCAAGUACCACAUCAUAUCUGACCAGGAAUAUAUCAAGUACUUCCUAGCAACGAUCCUAGAGUUCCAGAUAUUUGAUCAGCUCUGUACAGCCUCCGGGCACAGUGGUCAUCUGCACGAGUGUGACAUUUAUAGAAGCCGGGAUGCUGGGAGACUAUUAAGUGAGAUAAUGCAACCAGGAGCGUCUAAAUCAGCUUCAGAUAUAAUAAGGAGUAUGACCCGAGGCAAAACUAAUAGGAUUUCUCCGGAAUCACUCGUCAGGUAUUUCCGUCCGCUUGAACUUUGGCUUCGAGUACAAAACCGCGACGAGCUGAUCAUUGGCUGGAAUUCAAACUACCACGAUGUUUCUCUCUUCGCUCCACAAAAGGCAUCCGCUCAUAAAAGCUGUCCGUCCGUCUUGUUACUAAUAUUUUUAAUUGUAUUGAUUUAGUGUUGUGAUUAAUAAAUUUUGUUUUAUU